AUGAAAAAUAAUUUUGGUCUCCCUUCCCCCUCUAUCUCUGAUUCUCUCUGCUCCCCUCUCUCUCUGAUUUUUUUCUUUUCAUCUCUCUCCCCAAUUCUCUCUGAUUAUCUCUGUUCAUCUCUCUCUGUGUCCAAUUAUCUCUGUUCAUCUCUCUCUGUGUCCAAUUAUCUCUGCUCCUCUCUCUCUGUGUCCAAUUAUCUCUGCUCCUCUCUCUCUCACACCGAUUCUCUCUGCUCCUCUCUCUCUCACCGAUUCUCUCUGCUCCUCUCUCUCUCACCGAUUCUCUCUGCUCCUCUCUCUCUCACCGAUUCUCUCUGCUCCUCUCUCUCACCCGAUUCUCUCUGUCCUCUCUCUCUCACCGAUUCUCUCUCUCCCUCUCUCUCCCCGAUUCUCUCUGCUCUUCACUCUCUCUCUGCUCCUCUCUCCCCGAUUCUCUCUGCUCCUCUCUCCCCGAUUCUCUCUGCUCCUCUCUCCUCGAUUUUCUCUGCUCCUCUCUCUCCUCCUGAUUCUCUCUGCUACUCUCUCUCUCUCUCUGAUUUUUUCUAUUCAUCUCUCUCCCCAAUUCUCUCUGAUUAUCUCUGUUCAUCUCUGUGUCCAAUUCUCUCUGAUUGUCUCUUAUCUCUCUCUCUCUCUUCAUCAUCCUCCCCCCUCUGA